GCCGCCCGCCCAUCAAGUCGCCCGGCGCAUCCCGGUUUGGAAGCUGCUCCGAGCGCUUCGGGUCCGUUUUUUUUUUUUUUUUCCGCGCGCGGACCCUGAGCCCGGGAUUCCCAGCGUCUCCGGGUCGGCGCUUGUCGGGAUCCCGCGGCCAUGAGCGUGGGUUUCAUCGGCGCUGGCCAGCUGGCCUGUGCGCUGGCGCGGGGUUUCACGGCCGCAGGAGUCCUGUCGGCCCACAAGAUAAUAGCCAGCUCCCCGGAAAUGGACCUGCCCACGGUGUCUGCGCUCAGGAGGAUGGGCGUGAAUCUGACCCGGAGCAAUAAGGACACGGUGCGGCACAGUGAUGUCCUGUUCCUGGCCGUGAAGCCGCACAUCAUCCCCUUCAUCCUGGAUGAGAUUGGGGCUGAUGUGCAGGAGCGGCACAUCGUGGUCUCCUGCGCAGCCGGUGUCACCAUCAGCUCUGUGGAGAAGAAGCUGAUGGCGUUCCAGCCAGCCCCCAAAGUGAUCCGCUGCAUGACCAACACGCCCGUGGUGGUCCGAGAGGGGGCCACUGUGUAUGCCACAGGCACCCACGCCCUGGUGGAAGAUGGGAAACUCCUGGAGCAGCUGAUGAGCAGCGUGGGCUUCUGCACAGAGGUGGAGGAGGAUCUCAUCGAUGCCAUCACCGGGCUCAGCGGCAGCGGGCCUGCCUAUGCAUUUAUGGCCCUGGACGCGCUGGCAGAUGGUGGGGUGAAGAUGGGCGUGCCUCGGCGCCUAGCAGUCCGACUAGGAGCUCAGGCAUUGCUGGGAGCAGCUAAGAUGCUGCUGGACUCAGAGGACCAUCCAGGCCAGCUCAAGGACAACGUCUGCUCCCCCGGUGGGGCCACUAUCCAUGCUCUACACUUCCUGGAGAGCGGGGGCUUCCGCUCUCUGCUCAUCAAUGCAGUUGAGGCCUCUUGUAUCCGAACAAGAGAGCUGCAGUCCAUGGCUGACCAAGAAAAGAUCUCCCCUGCUGCCCUUAAGAAGACCCUCCUGGACAGAGUGAAGCUGGAGUCACCCACGGUGUCCACGUUGGCCCCGCCCAGUUCUGGAAAACUCCUCACAAGAAGCCCCGCCCAGGGAAGCAAGAAGGACUGAGGAGGACUCCGUGGGGUGUCCUUGUCCCCUGGAGUACAGGGAGGGGCAGGCUCAGGUCUGUGGGUGAAAGCUGCUUAGGUCUGUUCACCUGCUGGCACCAAGCCCUUCUCUUGUCCCACGGCAGAAGGUGCUCUGAGGAGGCAGCUGAUACCCAAAGCCAGAUAGCCCAGCAUCCUCUCUGAGAAGGCUUGAGGCCCUGAGUUAGCAUCCCCCUCAGCAGAAGUCUGUGGAGAACUUUAGUUAGAUCCUGGGGUGGUUCAGUUUGUUCUGGAGGUGAGGUGAGAGGAAACAGAGGGAGGGCCAACCUCUGAAUUAAAAAUUUGCAUAAGAAGCAAGCGACUUUGGUGUUGCUGGUAGAAGGGUGGGGAGAGCCACGAUCUUUCUCUUAACUCCAGCUUCCCAGACGUCCUGUUAGAAGGUGACAUUCAGUGCUAGUUCUAGCUGCUUUAAUAAAGAUCUUAUUUAUUUUUGA